AUGCUCAAUGAUCAUCAAGAGGAAAUUGCUCAUGCCAACAGCAACAACAACGAAUCGGAAGAGAGCGUUUCAUUGGAAGGAGUAAAAUCAAGAGCAUCUCAGAGAAUUCUCAAUGUGAAUGUGGGAAUUUUAGGACAUGUGGAUUCAGGAAAGGUGAGUGGUGGAAUUUGUUUUGAUUUUUGUCAUGUUGAUCUGCAUGGUCCGAACGAUCAAAUUGAUUUUGGAACAUCACUUUUUAGACAAGCUGCAUUUGACAAAAAUCCGCAAUCACAAGAGAGAGGUAUCACCCUGGACUUGGGAUUUUCUGCUUUUUAUUCUGACUCACAAUUACCGAACUAUGACAAAAUUCAAUUUACUCUCGUAGAUUGUCCUGGACAUGCAAGUCUAAUUCGAACAAUUAUUGGUGGAGCUCAAAUAAUCGACUUUAUGGUUUUGGUAAUUGAUGCAAUUAAAGGAGUACAGACGCAAACGGCAGAGUGCAUAGUGAUUGGUGAAAUUACAUGCGAUAAUUUAAUAGUGGCUUUGAAUAAGAUUGACAUGAUUCCAGUGGAUCAACGAGAGGAAAGAAUUGACAAGAUCAAAAAAAGUCUUGUUAAAAAUGUAUUCUCGCAAACCAAGUUCAAAAAUCCUCCUAUUAUUCCUGUUUGUGCAGACCCUAGAGAAGAGAGUGACAAAAAAAUCAAGCAAGAAUGUUUGGAUCAUCUUGUUAAGGAAUUUCACAAAUUUGUCAAAGUUACUGAGAAGAAUGAAAAUGAACCAUUCUUAUUUAUGGUUGAUCAUUGUUUCUCAAUCAAGGGUAAAGGAACUAUUUUGACAGGAACAGUACUACAGGGAUGUGUGACCAUUGGAAAGAAUAUUCACAUUCCUUCUCUUGGUGAGGAAAAAAAGGUGAAGUCCAUACAAAUGUUUAAGACACCUGUAGAUAAGGCCAUUAAGGGAGAUCGAAUUGGUAUCGCCGUAACCAAACUGGAUAGCAAGAAAUUAGAAAGGGGUUUUGUUUGUGACAAAGGAUAUAUAGAAAUCAUUGAUACAGUUUUGGCAACUGCAUCAAGAAUUAGAUUUUUCAAAAAAGAAAUCAAAGGUGGAGCUAAAUAUCACGUCUCGGUUGGACAUGAAACGGUGAUGGGAAAUAUCACUCUCAUUUCUCGGUCAAAGAAAGAGGGAUUGUCUAGUGAGGUUUUUGAUCCAACUCUCGAAUAUACAUUAGUAGAAGACUUUGAAGAAAACACUCAUGUUGAACGCGAUGUUUUUGUGAAAAUAGAGUUUGAGCAACCUAUUUGUUGUUAUGCCAAUGCUCAUUAUAUUGCUUCUAAAUUAGAUACAGAUAUUCAUGCCAACACAUGUCGAUUAUCAUUCAAUGGAAGAAUUUUACAAAUGUGGAAUAGAGACCAAGUUCCUAAAGCACAACUUGCUAAAAUGCUUCCUGUCUUUAAGUAUAAAGAAAAGAGAGGUGUCGUCGAUCGUGUGGAGAAUGCUAACACAAUUAUUGGAAAAAACAUACUCAAUUCGAAAUCUCAAUCCUUGCAACCAUUUAUUGGAAGAACAGUCGCAAUCUUAGUGGACGAUCAGCCAAGAUUUUAUGGAACUAUUGAUUCAAGCUUUGGUCAAAGUGGUAAAUUCAGAGUUGUUUUCAAAGAUCCUCUCCCCAAACAACCCAAUCUAAGAAAUAAGCCAAUCCAAUUCAGAUACAAGGUGAACAUUUAUGACGAGACUAAGACAUGGUAUCAAUAA